AAAAGUGCUUUGAAUCUACUCCUCUCUGUUCUCCAUCACAUGAGCAGUCGAAAGGAAUAUAUACUUAAUUAAUUACAAUUAUACUGAUAAUUAAAUGCCUUAAGUGAAGCUGACGAUCCAGUAGAAUAGAAUGAUUUGUAGCACAGUAAGGACACACCACCCUUUUUGCUGUCCCAAAGAACAAAAAAAAUUAUCAGCAGGGAAUGGAAUCUGAAAACCCCAGUUGAUCAGGCGCUCUUCCUAUUGGUUGUACCCCUUUGAUGGCGAAUCCAAGAACAGAAGCUAAUGGUUUUUGAGAGUAUAUGGAAUUCAGCCAUUCAUAUUGAGCAAGCUUGCAAAACACGAUAUAUGAACAUGCUCUAGAAAAGGAAAUUUUUAUCUGGGAUUGACCGGUUACUGUGGUCAGAGUCUCAGAGAUGGUUGUUUUUUUGUAGGGAACUUGGUAUGGAAAAAUACCCCUGAAAUCAUUUUCCAAAACCCUCUGGGGUUUUUAAAGCAGGCACUGGGUUUACUUUUCAUUCUGGAGAUUGGGUAGUUCCCUUUUGGUGUUCUUUGUGGAAAUCAAGCUGCUCAUGUUAAUGGGUAGAAGUUGAACCCUUUUUUUUUUUUUCAAUGUUCAUCUUCUCAAUGAAUUCAUUAAGAAACUUAAAACCCUUUGUUUUAUUCUGUAGAAUCUGGGUACCCUGCUUCUAAAGAAACGGAUACUUGAUUAUCUUCCUUCUCUUAAUGUAGCAUUUGCUGCAGUUUUAAACUCUCUAGUUUUCGCUUUCCCUAUAUUUCGCCAAUGUCUGAAAAGAGCAUGCUACCCUCCAGGUUUCUUUUCUGCCUAAUAACCAUUUCCAUGUUCCUUCUGAUCCUUUCUUCUUUGUUCCUCCUUCAAUUUAGCAAUACUUCUUUCAUACCCAAUUCAGUUUUCAAGUUAAUUCUUGUUAAUAGCACAUCAGUUUACUUCAAAUCCAGUGGAAAAAAUGAACAAACUAAGCUUCCUUUCGUUACUUCCGUAGCUUCACCUGUUGAUAGUAAAAGACCCAUGGGAAGAGAGGGGAGUUGUCAAAUUUCCAAUGCAAGCAAGAAAAUGGAUGCUUUAGGGCAAGGUAGAAGGAAGGGUUGUGACCCAAAUCAAGCUCACCUUCGGGCAUUUAUGUAUGACUUGCCUCCUGAAUUUCAUUUUGGAUUAUUGGGUUGGACAGGAAAGGCAAAUCAGAUAUGGCCAAAUGUUAGUAAUCCAGGUCGAAUCCCAUCAUAUCCAGGUGGAUUAAAUUUACAGCACAGUAUAGAGUAUUGGCUAACCCUUGAUCUUCUAUCAUCUGAUACUCCGAAUAUAGCUAGACCUUGCAGUGCAAUCAGAGUGAAGAAUUCAAGUCAAGCAGAUAUAAUCUUUGUGCCAUUCUUUUCAUCUCUGAGCUACAACAGGCAUUCUAGGCUUCAUGGAAAGGAAAAAGUUAGUGUUAACAAGAUGUUGCAGGAUAAAUUGGUGAAUUUUUUAAUGGGUCAGGAUGAAUGGAAGCAAUUGGGUGGGAAGAACCAUCUAAUUGUAGCUCACCAUCCAAAUAGCAUGUUGGAUGCAAGAAAGAAGCUAGGUUCUGCCAUGUUUGUGCUUGCAGAUUUUGGAAGGUACCCGGUUGAAAUAGCAAAUAUUGACAAGGAUGUGAUCGCCCCUUACAAGCAUGUUCUGAGGAGCAAUCCUGUGGCAGAUUCAGCCACAUUUGAGGGGCGUCCCCUAUUGGUGUAUUUUCAAGGGGCAAUUUAUAGAAAAGAUGGAGGAGCUAUACGCCAGGAACUAUAUUAUCUUCUCAGAGAUGAGAAAGAUGUACAUUUCACGUUUGGUAGCGUUCGAGGGAAUGGGAUCAACGGGGCAAGUGAAGGGAUGGCAUCAUCCAAAUUCUGCUUGAAUAUUGCUGGAGACACCCCAUCCUCAAAUCGCCUCUUUGAUGCCAUUGUGAGCCAUUGUGUUCCUGUCAUAAUAAGUGAUGAAAUUGAGCUACCAUUUGAAGAUGUUUUGGAUUACUCUGAGUUCUGCAUAUUUGUCCGUGCAUCUGAUGCUGUAAAAAAUGGGUUCCUACUGAAUCUUCUUAGGGGAAUCAAGAGAGAGAAGUGGACCAAAAUGUGGGAGAGAUUAAAGGAGAUUGCUCACCACUUUGAAUAUCAAUAUCCAUCUCAGGCAGGUGAUGCUGUGGAUAUGAUUUGGGGGGCAGUUUCACGCAAGAUAUCUUCAAUUCAAAACAAACUCCACAGGAAGAAUAGAUACCGCAGAUCUCAGAUUCUGCUAAAGAGGAAUUGAGAUGACAACUGCCCACUUGAAAGAUUGAGAUACUUCCUGUCCCCAAAUUCUGUAUCUAAUUGGGCUGGUUGUCAAUUCCAAGUAAGGACAGAAGCUUUAAGAGAUGCAUGGCUCUGUAUUAGCUACUUCUAGUCAUACUUCAUAAAUUGGAGAUUUUUCUUGUAGACUAGUUUUUACACAGAAAAGUGUUGUGGUUUCAGAGGUUUCUAUUAAUUUCUUUUGGUAAGAAAAAAUAGGAUGAGGGAAGAUGAUAUGGGGUUGUGCUUUCAAUUGAAUAGUAUUUCAGCC